AUGGUGGUCACUCUGCAGGCCGCGUUGGAGCUUAUGAGGAAAAAGAGUAACGAGCCGCUGGACCUCUCGCAGUUGCUGGUGGUCGGGCGCGCGCAGUCGGCCGACAGUGACGAGCGGCGGUCGGUGUCGUCCGAGUCGUCGGUCUCCUCCUGCGGCGCCUCCGAGUCCUCCCAGGCGUCGGCGGGGGACCCUUCGUCAGGCAGCUCAAUAUACCAAUAUCUUUUCUCUCCUUCCCUGCCUCCCCCCCCCUCCCACCCAACUCGUAGACUGACCGACCCCUUCACACUGCAAGAGACCUUCGGCAGGAGCUAUGACGUCGGCGCCCCCUACGAAGCCCCUGCUCCUCGCCGGCCCCGAGAGCGCUCCCUUCUGCCGUGCCACAUCUGCGGAAAAAUCUUCGACCGACCCAGCCUCCUUAAGCGACACAUGCGGACUCAUACAGGUGAGAAGCCCCACAUAUGCGAAGUGUGUGGUAAAGGUUUCUCCACAAGCUCCUCUCUCAACACCCACCGACGGAUCCAUAGUGGUGAGAAGCCUCAUCAGUGCGGCACUUGUGGGAAAAGGUUCACCGCGUCGUCCAACUUAUAUUAUCACAAGAUGACUCAUAUUAAGGACAAACCCCACAAAUGCGGCGUGUGUGGGCGGUCCUUCCCAACUCCAGGGGAUCUGCGGUGCCACACCUUCGUCCACACGGGGCAGUGGCCUCACCGGUGCCCUGUCUGCUCUAAGGGCUUCAGUAAGCUUACGAACUUGCGGAAUCACCUGCUGCUCCACUCAGGAGUAAAAACGGGUGACACUGGAUCGACCAGUAAUACAGCUCUGACUCAUGCCAUGCUGUAG